CUCUUUCCCAACAGACGACUCUCCGCUCCGACUCUCUUAGUUGCGAAGCACUUAGCAGCGAGGAUGCCAUCGGGAGACGAUGACACGUGGCACGACGACCGCCCGUCGCCAAUCAGCCCCGCGACAGCGCGCACUCCUCGCGCGGGUUACCACGCCCUCGUGCGAUACUCUUCGUUCUCUUCGCCAUCCUCGUCGCAGGCUGCCUCACCGCCGUGCAAAUCGUCACAUGGGCGUUUAGCCCGGGACGAGGGGUGGAGGCGGAGUUGAGCCACGUCAGCAGCAUGCACAGCCCCGGUGCCGUGGCUACUGCCGUAGCUGCCGCUGCUGAGGCUCGGAAACAUGCUGCUGCUGCCGCCGCCGCCGCUGUGCUGCUGCUGCUGCUGCUGCUGACUCUGUUGGUUCUGCUGCUAAUAAUGCUUCUAAUGGCUCUGCUACCGGUGCUGCUGCUGCUGGCACUGCUGCUGCUAGUGGUGAUGCUAGUGACACGAACGAGAGUGAUUAUGGUGACGGGCCAUCGAGUCAGCAGAUAAAAUUACCACUUUAGAUCGAGACAUUUACUAUUCCGACCUGCAAAUACUCCAUCUCAACUACGGUCUGCGCCAAAAAACCUCUCUCCUCCCUCAACUGCUUCGGCAAACCCUGCCCGGACUUCUCAGGCAGCUGCGGAAAACUUUUCCCCAACAUUUCAGCCUGCUGGAACGAGGGAUUAGUGGACGAGGGUAUGUUAAGCCGCCCACUCCGGUCAACUGCCCGAAAAUAGAUAAUGUGAAGGACCUCAGGCCGGAGGGAAGGGACACGAGCUGCAGCCAUUACACGGACUUUCACUGGCACGACCAGCGGCUUAUCAGGUGUUUCGCCUGAGUAACGUGUUUAUAAACGACGAUGGCAACGUGUUCAACUCAACCACUCUCUUCAACAAGGGCGACUGCAACGGACAUCUAAAUUUUCUUUCGGGGCUAGAAAGACCCGAGUGCACCACGUGCAGAGAGCCGUAUCCAUCGUCUACCGUCAGGCCGACGCCUUCUACCACCGGCUUCAUCGAGUGGCAGCCGACCUUCUAUAUCCUGCGAGCCCGUGCUCGCUGCUCACCCCGACAUCCCCUGCUAGCCGGCCCUCCCAGGUAAGCAAGUGCGCUGUGUCCGGCCUUCUACCACGGUUUCAUCGAGUGGCAGCCAGCCUUCUAUAUUCUGCAAGCCGUGCUCGCUGCUCACCCUGGCAUCCCGCUCUUCUAGCACGCCCGUCACAGGUGGGAUAAAAGUGUAGGCACAUA